UCGUGCCGCAGCAGUAGCCGUGGUGGUGGUGGUAAGAGGCCGCUCGCUCGCUUAUUCGGGCUCUUCGUGCGUAUAUUUUGCUUGGUCGUAGCGGCCAUUCGCAGGCCCGUGCUCGAGCGCAAGGCCCGGCUGGCCAGCCAACUACGCCGCAAGCCCACUCGGUCCUUGCGCAUCGUACGCCGCCGCGUUUGACCCCAAGUGUAUUUAUUUGUGGCGCGGUGCUUUUUUUUUUUUUUUUUGUUUUUUUCAAGUAUUUGUUGGGCGUUUUCGGCGAUUGGUUAUUACACCGCAAAAGCGUUAAGGUUUGCAAGUCAAUCGUUCCAAAGUGUAUUUACGUUGUAUAUUGUGUGACGCUCGCGCCUGACCUUGGCGCGGUGCGCGAUGUGAGGCUGUGGCCGACGAGGAGUACUCGGACUGGCAAGAGAGAGACGCCCAGCCUACGUUGCCGGCGAGCCAAGUGAAAAAUCCCAGCGUUCGUUCCGGCCCGCGCCUCUGCGCUGUAUAGGUACACACUUACAAACACCUCUCGCUGCUGAAAAAAGAUUCGCCCACGCGCCAAAAGAGGUGGAGGAGGGAAACGCCAAGUGUGCGUGUAUGGUCGAGAAAUAAAGGAAGAUGAGGACGGAGGACAUUUAUUACGUACAAGGACGAGCGGAUGCGAGCGCUUGAGGACUCGGGGGAAAAAUCAUUUUCUAACAGAUGACUCGCGGCAGCGAUGCCCUCGUCGGAGGAGGAAAGCCUGUGGCUCGUGGGCAGCGAAGCCGGCGCUCAGCCGCAGCACCACCGUCCCGGGGAGCCGCACCAUCCACCGGGUCCCAACCAGCGGCCCAGCCAGACCGGGUCCACUAGGUCAUCCGGCCACCUGCUCUACACCGAGGAGAUGCAGCAACAGCAGGCAUCAGGCCAUGGCUCGGCAAACACCGCGCCACCGACCUCCGGCGCCCCUCCGCCCUCCGCAAACCGCAGGUCCUCGUCCCAGCGCCAGGCCACCCGCAACCAUGGCAACACGAUGGGCGGCGCCAACGGCAACCCCGACAAUAUGCAGGCUACCUACGGGGACUCGGCCGAGCACGAUCUCAUCGACGGCGCCACCGAUGCCACUCUCCUCUCGCAGUUUCACGAGGACGCCAUCAAACAGACCGGCGUUGGGAAGUUUCAAUCGCUGGCGGCGCUCUACGUUGGACUCUGCCUCGCCGCCGACACGAUCGAGUUCUUCGCUCUACCCUACAUUCUUCCGAGCGCAGAGGUCGAACUGUGCAUCGAGGACAGUGAAAAAGGAUGGCUAGGCAACAUAACUCUCCUGGGGCUGGCGAUCGGCGGCAUAUUCUGGGGCGGCCUGGGCGACCGUCUCGGCCGGAGAAGAUCCCUGCUGACGGCCAUGUCCGUCCACGCCCUGUUCAGCGGCGUCGCCACGUUCAUGCCCACCUACGGCACCUUCAUGACCACCAGGUUCUGCUCGGCCAUCGGGGUCGGGGGAGCGUUGCCUCUGGCCUACACCUACCUGGCCGAGUGCUGCCCGCACUCGAGUCGCUCCAAGUGGACGGGCAUGCUGGUGGGAGCGUCGGCCCUCGGAGGAGUCUACGCCGCCCUGCUCGCCUGGGCCGUUGUCCCGACGACCGGCGAGAUGGUCGUCCUCGAGAACAAGGAGCACUUUAGCGCCUGGCAUCGCUUCCUCAUGUUCUGCUGCCUGCCCGCCUUCUCCGCCACCGUGGGCCUGAUAUUCCUGCCCGAGAGCCCGCGGUACCUGGUCGAGGUCGGCCGGGACGUCGAGGCCAUGAUGGUUUACCAGAAAAUUUACAAGAAAAACAAUGCACAAAGGACCGCCGGGGCGCAGUACCAGCUCUCCGAACUGGAACUUCCGAACAAAAGGCCGCGGGGCUUGGGACCCCCCACGCCGGAUAAUCACAACACGAGCGUCCUGGCCGGCAUCAUGUGUUCCAUCAAGAAGUUCUGGAGUACAUUUGUGAGCGUGUUCAGCGAUCCGUACCUCAAAGGCACGAUAGCCCUUGCGAUCAUGUGGUCAGCCACGGCUUUUGGGUUGUUUGGACUGAUGGUUUGGUGUCCCGAGUACAUAAAGUACCUGCGCACCUUGGAGUACAAUUCCCACACCAAGAGACUCGUCGGCAAAGAGUACGUGAACCAAACGUUCGCCGGCUCGUUGGAAAACGUCCAAUACAAGGACACGAGGUUUCAAAACUGCAAAUUCCACAAGCUAGUCAUCAGUCACGUGGACUUUGACAACUGCACCUUCCAGUCGGUCGACUUUAGCAACAUAAGGUCCAGCAAGACGCACUUCAUCGACAGCGUGAUCGUCGACUCAAAGUUCGUCGACACGGAUCUCUCCUCGCAAGUGUUCACCAGAUGCAAGCUGGAGAACAACACGAAGCUCAGCCUCAGCGGGCCCUGUCCCACCUUGGAUCUCGAUUACAACAUCUACAUCGAGGAAGUGAUACACAGUCACCUGGCGGCCCAGCUGACCAUAGUGCCGGCCGCCGUGCUGGCUGGCCUAGUGCUCACUACCGCCAAGCGCUCCAUGACGAUAGGCUCGUCGUUGUUUUUAUCUUCCAUUGUUUCGCUCUGCCUACUGCUGGUCGGCGCCAACAGCACGGCCGUUCUCGGCUUCGAGGCCGGCUUCGUGGCGCUCCUCGCGUUCACCGUGACCGGUUUGAUUGUCCUGACGAUCGAGUUCUAUCCGGCUCAUUUGAGAUGCACUGGUUUCGGGAUUAUGGCGGCCUGCGUCAAAGUGUCGGCACUUACGGCGACGAUAGUCUACCAGAUGCUCAUCGGUGUGACCCUGGUCGUGCCGGCGCUGCUCACCGCGGUCGUGCUGCUCGUCGGUAGUCUUGGCAUAGGCCACAUUAGAUCUGAGCUCAACGUGGGCACCGUUUGAAGCGUAUAGGAGAGGGAUUUUUGUGUGAGAUUAGACAACAACAAGCAUCCAAUAGGCUGUACUGAAAAAUCAUCUGCUGCGACGUGUGAGUAGUUUGUAUUUGCAGUUACAAUGGAUAAAACGUCAGUGGGUGUCUCGAGGGUCUUUUGGAGAUUCAAAGGGUCGGUUCUUUGUCUAUAUUCUUAUUCUUCUCAUUUUUGAGGACCAAAGUGUUAUUUAAGACGCGAUCAAACGACGAUGAUUUUAUCUUGAAAUAUGUGUUUGAAAUAGUAUACCAUGUAAAAUAUUCAAUUAGAAAACCCAUCUCUCGUUCACGGAAGCCAUGCGCUCGCACUGCAAUCGUCAGCGCACUGAAAUAAUUAAGUUUGAGGAAGAAAAAAAAUCCUACUGAUAUGUAUCUACAGAAAAAUACUCAUUUAUAAUUAAAUACUAAAAACAUAAAAAUAAGCUUGUUUCUUGCUCCGAGACGGGAGAAAGCGUGCUUUAAUAAUAAUAAUAACCUUAUGCUUCUUAGUUUUCAAAUUUGAGAUUGUGUAUUGCGAGUGGGUGUCUUGGGUGAGAAAAGUUACAAUCACGAAUCGAAAUUGUGGUAUUAUCGAGUGGUGGUGGUACCUAUACAUCCAAGUUUUGGGAUUUGAACUCAAGAACCUAAGUACACGGGGAGCUUACAAUAACAAUGUAUGAGGGUAGGAGGACGAAGGCCGCUAACGUCGAAGAGCCUAUACUCGCAGUUUCCAAAAUUCAUCACCUCAUGUUAAAUUUACAUUAUAAAGUAAAAUUGAUUGAGCUCAAAUCACAAUAUAUGAAUACAUCAUGAAUGCCACGAUAGGCGUUACCCUAGAGAAAUUUAAAUUUAAACUUUAUAUUUAUGAAGUGUCGUGAAAGUUUUGUGGAAAACAAAAAAUUUUAAUGAUGUUUUUGCGGCUUGAAAAGUCUACAAAAAAGGUUUUUAAACGUAUAAAACGAAGAGAAAGUUUAAAGAUAAAUAAAGUAGUGUCACGAAAGUAUGGAUGAGAUAAUAUGAAGCACAUCGGUGAAUAAGAAAAUUACAAGGUAAAACAAAUGAUAGUGUGAAUACUUUCUUACUGAAGAUGGAAGUUCGGGUGAGAAAGUCGAACUAGUUAGGUACAUUAAAAGUUACACGCUUUAAAAAUCCAUACAGAAUUUUGAAACAACAUUUUUAAUACACAUGCAUUUAUACAUAUAUGUGUCGCUUCUAUAUUCGAACUGUUAUUAUGAGACAAUCGAAAGACUAUUUUAAUAUUCCAAUAAAGUUUUUUUUCAAAUUUUAUUUGACACUCUAUGUUAUAGAAACAAGAAUAUUUCCGUGUGGUAAUUUAUCUCAAAAUUUUCGUACCGUUGCGAAUUUAAAUACGUAUUAAAAUGAAAUAACUGCUAGAAGUUAAAAAAAAAAAGUACCGUCAAUCCAGAUAAAAGUAGUUAAUAAUAUUAUGAUAUUAAAACUAAUGGAGUACGAUGUAUUUACUACAAUGCCGUGAAUGGUUAUUCUUUCGGAGGAAAAUUUUCGGCACCCAUUGAAAUAUGCCAAAUAUUUAUUGGGAACAUUGGAGAUAGUUUAAACUUUUCACACGAUUUCCAAUAUGAUUUUGGUAAAAAUUCGUUUGUGUUGUUUUUUCGCAUAAAAAAUUUACUGGCUGUACUGAAAAAAA